ACCACAGUCGCUAGCAGUACAAAGUCCAACGCGGUUUGUUUAGUCAUGGAAAAAACUAACAUCGUGGCUUGUAGGAAUCCAACUUCUCGUGACGCGAGCGAUGACGAGGAAGCGACGUGGUCGCAUGCAUGGGGGCUCAUCUCGGGCUUUGCCGUCUCCAUCACCCUCAAAACAGCAAUCGAGCUCGGCAUCAUCGACGCACUGACCAACGCCGCCGGCCGUGCGCUGACGGUGGACGAGCUGGCCGCGCAGCUCCCGGCACCGGACAAGGCCGGGUCGGCUGCCUCGGUGGACCGGCUUCUCCGGCUCCUUGCCGCCUUCGACGUUGUGCGGUGUUCGACGGAGACGGGUCCGGACUGUGAGGCAGUCCGGAAGUACACUCCGGCGCCGGUGUGCCGGUGGCUCACCAGCAACCGCAGCGAUGGGUCGCUGGCCCCCUUGGCCAUGUUGGCCGUCGACCAGGAUUACUUGCCGACCUGGAAUCAAAUGGGGGCGGCGGUGGUGUGCGGUGUUCCAACGCCGUUCGAGAGGGCGCACGGGGUGCCGCUGUUUGAGUACAUGGGGAAGAACCCUCGGCUAAGCGGGGUGUUCAACCAAGCUAUGUUCCACAUGUCAGUCACGGUCAUCAGCAAGAUGGUCGAGCGCUUCGACGGCUUCGACGGCGUCGAAGUUCUCGUCGACGUCGGCGGGGGGACUGGUGCCGCCCUGGAGAUGAUCACCGCCCGCCACAAGCAUAUAAAGGGCAUCAACUUUGACCUGCCUUACGUCAUCACUCAGGCGCCGUCUCUCCCGGGUGUGGAAAAUAUUGCUGGAAAUAUGUUUGAGAAUGUACCCACGGGAGAUGCAAUUUUUUUAAAGUGGAUACUCCAUCUACAGAAUGAUGAUGAAUGCAUUAAGAUCCUCAAGAACUGCCACCGGGCUCUUCCAGCCAACGGCAAGGUGAUCGUUGUGGAAAUUGUCCUGCCGACCACCACAGAGGCAACUCGUGAGGCGCAGAAUAUGUUCCUUCUAGACGUCAUCAUGUUCAAUAACCAGCAGGGUGGAAAGGAGAGGACUGAGCAGGAUUUCCUAAAGAUGGCCAGGAGCUCCGGGUUUGAUGGUGCCUUCCGUUCCACCUACAUCUUCGGUAACUUCUGGGCUCUCGAGUUCACCAAGUAGUUGCCAUGGGCAUGCAGACUGCAGCUACAUCUCCAUCUACGCCAUGCAUGUAUCAUUUUUUUUCCUUUUUUGAAAAGGAGGACUACCCCCGGACCAUGCAUCAUUGCGAUGUGCACAGCCUUUAUCAUUGUUUGUAUUGAUCUCCUCUCCUAUAUGUGUUACUUCGAUUGUAUACUUGUUUACAUUAAUAUUGUAAGACGUGCAGCAGUACCUAUUUGUAUUCUCAACA